AACUAGAAUCUGUCAAAUCAAACUGUCAUGCAUUAAAAAAUUUAAGCCUAUUAUUUUAGAAAGUAUCGUUAAUGUUAAUAGUUAAUAUAAAAAUAUAAACAAUACAGAAGAUAAGUUUUAAAAGUUAUUUCAAUCAUGAACAAAACCACAAAAAUUAAAAAUGCUUACCCACCUAAAAGAAAGAGAGAAGAAAAAGAUUGCGAUUCAGAAGAUUCACCAAAAAUUAAGAAAUCAAAAACAUCUCUAAAAAUAACAACAAAGGCUAAAAAUGAAGAAGGAAAAUUGAGCAAAAUAAGUAAAAACAUAAAGGAAAUAAAAACACAAAAGAUUAAGAUAGCAACAAAAGAGAAUCAAAUCAAUGAUAAUUAUUGGAAAGAUUACGAAUUAGUUGCAGAACGCCAAAGUUUAGAUAUUUCAGUUGCAAGUAAUAUCAUUGAUAUGUUUAAUGAUGGGUGUACUAUCCCAUUUAUAGCGAGAUAUCGAAAACAUGUCACUAAUAAUAUGACACCAGAAACACUGAGGGAAAUUAAACAAUGCUACGAAGAGAUUACCACAGUUAAAUUGAAAUCUCAAACUGUUUUAAAAAGUUUACGAGCUGGUAAUCAUUUGCAACCUGUUUUACAAGACGCGGUUUUAUCAGCAAAAACAUUAGAAGAACUAGAACACAUUUAUGCCCCUUAUAAAGUAACAAGUAAAAAAACCUAUUAUGAUAGAGCUAAAAAGCUUGGAUUGGAAGAUCCUGCUAUAAAGUUAUUAACAACAAAUCUUGAAGUAGAUUUAGAAUCAUAUGUGAAUAAAAAAAAUAAAGAUUUAGAUACAUAUGAAAAGGUUGAAGAAGGAUGUAUUCAUGUUAUUGCACAUAUUAUUGGGACAAAAGUGGAUGUUUUAAAUUAUAUAAGGGAAUUGAGAGUUAAUGGCAAUUUUACAAUUGAGGUGAGAAAAAAGAAAUCGACUUCAAAAACUGAUGAGAAGAAAUCUAAUGAAAAUGAAAAAUUUGAACAUUAUUAUGAAUUUAAUUCGUGUUCAAAGUAUAUUAAACCACAUCAAAUUUUAGCAAUUAACCGUGGUGAACAGAACAAAAUUCUUUCAAUGAAAAUAUUAGUACCUGAUUAUAUUACAAACAAAUUCAAUAAAUGUUGUUGGGAUAUAUUUGGCCAAUAUAUAACAUCAUCCUCAGUUAAAAAAACGAUUUUUAAAAAAGCAUUAAAUGAUUGCUACAAAAGAUUAAUUCAACCAUUGCUGAUAAGAGAAGUUCGUUUAGAAUUAAAAACUGUAGCAUCUAAAGCUUCUUUGAACGUUUUUUGUGAUAAUCUUAAAGAAUUACUUCUUAUGAAAUCUGUUAAAGGAAGUGUAAUUGCUGGAAUUGAUCCUGGGUUUACUCAUGGAUGUAAACUUGGCAUUAUUGGAAUUGAUGGAUCAUUAUUGGAUUUUUGUACUUUAUUUCCUUUUAAAGGACAAACUGGACAUAAAGAAGAAUCAAAAUUAAAGGAUUUAUUAGUAAAACACAGUUGUUCAUUAAUAGCAUUAGGAAAUGGUACAGGUUGUCGAGAAACAGAAGCAUGGCUUUCAAAAUUAAUAGAAAAGAAUUUUUUUAAUCCAUUAAACAUACAAUAUACAAUAGUUAAUGAAAAUGGGGCCUCAAUUUAUUCUUGUAGCAAUGAAGCUAAAAAAGAAUUUCCUAAUCUUGAUCCAAACAUAAUAAGCGCCGUUUCAAUUGCUCGAAGAGUACAAGAUCCUUUGGCGGAAUAUGUAAAAGUCGAUCCAAAACACAUUGGAGUAGGAAUGUAUCAACAUGAUUUAUCAAAGAAGUUGCUUGAUAAUGCUUUGGAAGAAGUAAUAUCCGAAUGUGUUAGUUUUGUUGGUGUGGAUGUCAAUACAUGUUCAGAUUGCUUAUUAAAAAGAGUUUCUGGUUUAUCAGAAAAGAAAGCCCAAUUAAUACUUGAUUAUCGUAAAGAAAAUGGGCCAUUUAUUAAUCGAAAACAAAUCACUGAAAUAAAAGGAAUUGGACCGAAAUGUUUUGAACAAUGCGCUGGAUUUUUAAAAGUAGCACCGCUUUCAGAGAAAGAUCGAAAAUCAUUUUAUAAAAACCCAAAAACAAAUCAUUUAGAUAUGACAAUAAUUCAUCCAGAGUCUUAUAAAAUAACUAUAGACUUAUUAAAUAAAUAUAAGUUAAAAUUAAACGAUAUAGGAACUGAAAAUUUCAUCAAACAAAUCGAAGAUAUUAAAAGAGAUUUUAAAUACUUUGAUUUAGCUCAAGAUUAUAAAACUUCUGAGCACACAUUAAGAUUAAUUUUAGAAGCUUUAUCUAAACGUUUUGAUUAUGAUAUGAGAGAUGAAACAGCCAAAGUGCCAUUUUUCAAAAAAGGAUUAACAAGUAUUAAUGAUUUACAAACUGGACUCGUUUUAAAAGGACGCGUUAUAAAUAAUACACAUUUUGGCGCAUUCAUAGAUAUCGGAGUUGAAUCUAGAGCAUUACUUCAUUGUACUAAACUUAAUGGUGAAAAAGUUGGGAUUGGUGAUAUCCUUGAAGUUAAAGUUAUUUUUGUUAACGUAUCAAGUCGUAAAAUAAAUUUAGAACUUAUUCGUAAAGUGGUUUAACACAGUUUAUAAUCAAAUAAAAUUAAAUGACUUAAUGUUGUAUAAAUUUAUUUAUAUAUAAUAUUUAUAUUUCCUAUAAAUGUACAUGAAAUACUGUGUAUAAAUAAGAUAUAUUACGAGAUCUAAAAUAAUUAGUUUUUUUUGUAAUCUUAUAUUGGCAAAAAAUUAAUAAACUAAUAUAAACUU